UUAGAAAAACACCAGAAUAUCAUCGCCACCCCCGAAAUCAAAAUCCACAGAGAGAGAUUACAUAGCAAAGCUGAGUUGGGUCAUAAGAUAGAAAAAAAAAACCCAAAUCAAAAACCAGAGUUUUUAUAUCCGGAAGCGUUUGUUUUUUUGACGGACAACAAAAACAAACCAGGAAGGAUAUAACAAUCUCCGGUGUUUGAUUUGUGGAGGUUUGUUUUUGUUUUUGGUUUUGGUUUUUGGUUUUUGUUGAGCCAUUGAUAUUUUCAUUAAUGGAGGUGGAGAAGCGGAAGUACAUCACGGCCGAGGAGCUGAGUUUGCACAACAAGCCUGAAGAUUUGUGGAUCUCUAUACAGGGGAAGGUGUACAAUGUCACCGACUGGGUGAAGGACCACCCGGGUGGAGGUGAGCCUCUUCUGAAUUUGGCCGGACAGGAUGUGACGGAUGCGUUCAUCGCUUAUCAUCCGGGGACUGCGUGGCAGUACCUGGACAAAUUCUUUACUGGGUACUAUGUCAAGGAUUUCAAGGUCUCCGAUGUGUCCAGGGAUUACAGGAAGUUGUACUCCGAUUUUUUGAAAAUGGGGCUUUUCGAGAAGAAGGGGCAUGUGGCGCUUUACAAUAUGGUCUGUGUUGCGGUUAUGUUGUCGGUGGUUGUGUAUGGGGUGGUGAAAUCUGAGAGUACUUUGGUGCAUUUGGGGUGUGGGUUUUUGUUGGGUUUGUUGUGGAUUCUGGCGGCUUAUAUGGGUCAUGAUUCCGGGCAUUAUCUAGUGAUGAAGAGCGAGUUUUGGAACAAUGUGGCGCAGAUUCUGGCUGGGAAUUGUGUUACGGGGAUUAGCAUUGCUUGGUGGAAGUGGACUCAUAAUGCGCAUCAUAUUGCCUGCAAUAGUCUCGAUUAUGAUCCUGAUCUUCAGCACAUUCCGGUGUUUGCGGUUUCGACGAGGUUUUUCAAUUCGCUUACUUCGGUGUUUUAUGGGAGGGUGCUCAAGUUUGAUGGUGUGGCGAGGUUUUUGAUCAGCUACCAGCAUUUUACUUACUAUCCGGUGAUGGUUUUCGGGAGGAUUAAUCUGUUUAUACAGACGUUUUUGUUGCUGUUCUCGAGUAGGCCAGUCCCGCAUAGGUUGAAGAACAUUUUUGGGAUUCUUGUGUUCUGGACUUGGUUUCCCCUGUUGGUUUCGUGCCUGCCGAAUUGGGGAGAGAGGGUGAUGUUUGUGCUGAUUGCUUUCGCGGUGACGGCUCUGCAGCACGUUCAGUUCACAUUGAACCAUUUCGCUGGGGAUACAUAUGUUGGGCCUCCCAGGGGGAAUGAUUGGUUUGAGAAGCAAACAGCUGGGACUAUUGACAUUUCGUGUUCCAGUUGGAUGGAUUGGCUCUUUGGCGGGUUACAGUUUCAACUUGAGCAUCACUUGUACCCGAGAUUGCCUCGUUGCCAAUUGAGGAAGGUUUCACCCAUCAUUCAAGAGCUGUGCAAGAAGCACAAUUUGCCUUACAGGAGUUUGUCAUUCUGGGAUGCUAAUGUGACAACCAUUAGGACUCUUAGGACUGCUGCCCUCCAGGCUAGGGACCUGACCAACCCUGUUCCGAAGAACUUGGUCUGGGAGGCUCUUAACACUCAUGGUUGAGUGUUUUGUGCGUCGAGGUAUCUAAUUCUAGGAUGAACAAAGUGAUUAUUAUUUCUCAGAAGGCUUUUACAAUCGAAAUUUGACGUUAUAUUUGGCAUUCAUUCUCUUUUGCUAUAUGUGAUUCGAGUAUGUUUCUCUAUUUCUACACCUCGCUAGAUUUUAUUAACUUUCGGCUGAUUUGCACUUUCAAGUAUUAUAGAGGAUGUUUCUCUAUUGAUUUUGUAAAUCUUGUUUCUUCUUCCCUGUUAUUCUUUACUUUUAUGAAGAUUUCCAGAUAUUAUUGAGAUGAAAAGCAAUUCACAGACCA